CUUCCGACGAGGUCUUCGAGCCGGUGUAUGUGCGGCAAUAACAUGUCUGCCCCACUCCCCGCCAUCGUGCCCGCCGCCCGGAAGGCAUCUGCCGCGGUUAUUUUCCUUCAUGGAUUGGGAGACACAGGGCAUGGAUGGGCAGAAGCCUUUGCAGGUAUCAAAAGUUCACACAUCAAAUAUAUCUGCCCACACGCGCCAGUUAUGCCUGUUACAUUAAAUAUGAAAAUGACUAUGCCUUCUUGGUUUGAUAUUAUUGGACUUUCACCAGAUUCACAGGAGGAUGAAAAUGGAAUCAAAGAAGCAGCAGAAAACGUCAAAGCUUUGAUAGAUCAAGAGGUGAAGAAUGGAAUACCUUCUAACAGAAUUAUUUUGGGAGGAUUUUCUCAGGGAGGAGCUCUGUCUUUAUAUACUGCUCUUACCACACAACAAAAACUAGCAGGUGUCAUCGGGCUCAGCUGCUGGCUCCCACUGCGGUCCUCAUUUCCACAGGGUCCUAUUAAUGGAGUUAAUAAAGAUAUUCCUAUUCUCCAGUGCCAUGGAGAUUGUGACCCUUUAGUUCCCCUAAUGUUUGGGUCUCUUACUGUGGAAAAGCUAAAAACACUAGUAAAUCCAGCCAAUGUAACCUUCAAGACCUAUGAAGGCAUGAUGCAUAGUUCAUGUAAACAGGAAAUGAUGGAUGUCAAGCAGUUCAUUGAUAAGCUCCUACCUCCUGUGGACUGAUGCCUGCUGCUAAGAGGCCUUGUGUGGAAGUACACCAGCAUCAUAUAGAGUAGA